GACAAAGUACUAAUCAAGACGCAGUAGAUGGAGCCCAAAAGAUGAAUCCUGAUGAUGCAGAUACUAAAAAUGGAGAAGGAAGCACGAGAGAUGGAAGUAGGAGAAAUAGAAAACAAGACACACUCUCAGAAUCCAACAAAUCUACCAAAGAAGUGGAAAAUCCACAAAAAGAAGUCAUAAAAGAUACUGAAAUAGAACCUGUCAGUGACAUUACUGAACAAGAAACCUUUGAGAUUCUGGAUUCAAUAGAUGAUCAGACUGCAACCGUUUCUCAAGACACAGAAGUUAACCCAGUUACAAGAAGUAAAAGAUAUGGAAGCAGGAGAAAAAGGAAAGAGGAAGCACUUCCAGAGGAAUCUCACAAAAUGUCUAAAGAGGUGGAAAAUCCUGACGAAGAAGACAGCAAAGGUGCUUUUCAAGAGCUCCACAGUGAAUCUACAGAACAAGAAACCUUCAAGAUUCUGGAUUCAAUAGAGGAACAGACUGCACAACAAAAUGAUGUCCAAAAACCUGAAACCUGUAGUGACCAGAAAGAGCAUGUAAAGCCAACAGAGGGGGGGGAGAAAGAGGAUUACCAGGUGAUUGAUUCUGUGGAAGAUCAGCCGACUGUCAUAGAAACAAAAUUAGAGACAGAAAGGAAGGAAAACAGAUGAAGACGACCCCUAGAAAAGAUGACAGAACAACGAGGAGGAGCGUCCCAUCCACCAGAGCAUUCCGGAGUGAAGAGACAGAGAAGUCAUCAGCAAAGAAAAAGAAGGAAACCAGCGCUGGGGUUUCAGGAAAAGAAGAAGAAAUAAAAGAGGUUACUGAAGAGAUGGAGUACAAGAUAGUAGAUUCUGUUGAAGAUGAACCAGCGCAGGACACCAUCACAGAACGAUCUGGAAGAAGACGAAGUACAAGAGGGAGGAAAGAGGAAAUCCCGGAAGCCUCUAAAAAAUCAGACAGGGAUGAGGAUACUUUUGAGAUUUUAGACUCAGUUGAAGACAAGACAGCAAGUGAUGAACCGAGUAUCACAACCAGGUCCGCCAGAAAACGACCGAGAGCAGCAAAGAGAGACACGACGAGUGACAGAGCCAAAAUGUCUCAAAUGGAGGACAUGCCAACUAAAAGGAUGCGCACUCCGGCCAGAGAAUCACAGGAAAGGAAAAUGGAAAAAGCAUCAAAGACAGACGACAAAGACGGCACACCAACGGACAGUGACAAAGAGGUGACUGAGGAGGAGACGACCUAUCAGAUACUGGACUCUUUGGAAGACGAAGAGGUUGAGCGUGAUCCGCCAGUCAUUGAAGUAAAAGCAAAAAGAGGGCGGCCAAAGAAGCAGGUCAAAGCAACCAAGAAAGGCGGCAAAACUCAAAAGAGCAAACAGGUAGAAGAAGAGGCUGCAUAUCGGAUUUUGGAUUCUUUAGAGGAAGAGAAAGUUGACAGUAUGUCCUCAACAAACCAAACUGAACAGAAACAGAUCAAAACCCUUCCCAAUGAGAAGACCAACUAG